GUACUUCCGCCCUCGACGAAACUCGGGGCGUCACAAAAUGGGGCUGACGCUACCUGGCUGAACGGAAAAAAAAAUACACUGAGCGCGAUAUGUAAAGUUGCUAUCUGGGCAUAUUUUUGAGGAGCAGCACAAGAUUAAUCGAAUACGACGCAGAGGACGAAGAAAUGAAGAACUUUUGGGCGUUCUUCAUCGUCGCGGCUUUGGCUACAGACUCCGUGAUGGCAGUAUCAGUGAGCAGCCCGACGAAGCGCUACGUGGUCAUCCUGUUCCAGCCUGUCACGCUCACGUGCAAAUUCCAGACCACGGCCACGCAGGCGCCGGUGGUCACCUGGCGCUACAAGUCAUACUGCCGUGACCCGGUGCAGGCGGCGCUCAACCCCAGCAACGUCGACAACAUCCUGUCGCAGAACAACCCCAACUACGACCCCAACAUCGAGUGCGCCGACAGCCAGCGCACGGUUCGUAUUGUGGCUUCCAAACAAGGUAGCGCUGUCACGCUAGGCACAGAGUACCAAGGACGCAAGAUUAGCAUCAUCAACGACGCCGACCUGAACAUCGCACAGACGGCUUGGGGUGACAGCGGCGUCUACGUGUGCUCCGUCAUUUCCUCGCAGGACCUGACGGGCAAUGGAGAGGACUAUACAGAACUCAUUGUUUUGGAGAGAAAGUCAAAUGCUACUGACCUGCUGCCUGGCAUUGACUUGCUGGUUAUGGAAGAUUGGCUGCUCGUGGUGGUGGUGGUGUUGGCGUUCCUUCUCCUGCUGCUGCUGAUCGGCAUUUGCUGGUGCCAGUGUUGUCCGCAUACGUGCUGCUGUUACGUCAGCUGCCCCUGCUGCCCAGAUAAAUGCUGCUGCCCACGGGCACUGUACGAGGCGGGUAAAGCGGUAAAGAAAGGCGUGACCAACCAUUACGCUACCACCGUCUACGCCCCUAGCAUGUACGCCCAGCCGGCCUACGGGGGGCCACUUGUCCAGCAGCCCGCUAUGCCGAUGCUCCCGCUGCCGAAGGGUGUUGGUGUGCCGCCCUCGCAGAACGGUUACGGACGAGAGUAUGACGGCACCAGCUCUGUGGGUCAAGGCUCCCAAGUUCCUCUGCUGCACGACCAAGAUGGCGUGGGUGGCGACCAUACUCGGAGUGGCUACCGCAUCCAGGUGGACCCUGACGGCAAUGCUACGCGGGCUAUUUACUACAUGGAGAGAGAGCUCGCCAACCUAGACCCGUCCAGACCCGCCAAUUACAACCGCUUGGACAACGUGAGCGAAGUGACUUCGCUGCAUGACAGCGCCGACCCGCGCUCCCGCGGCGGUCGAUCUCAACCGCCGCCGCUGUCCACGGUUUACGACGACGACGAAGGCAUGAGCACGAUCAGCAGCGUGUCGCAGCACGUGCACCGUCGCCAGGAUGACCGGCGUGGCUACAUGGACGAUCGAGCUCGCGCCCGUUCCAUGGACAACCUGGACGACAUCGGCCGUCGCUACGGCCGCGACGACUAUCUGCCGCGGCGACGUGCCGACGAACCUAGAGGGAGGAGAGGCUCUGAUGACGAAUGGAGCAGCAGCGGCCGCGCCGGCUACGACAGAGACGAGCGUCGACGCCGCGACUACUCCCCGGACGACUACCGAAGAGGCGGCGGGGGCGGUGGGUACGGAGCCCUUCCGGGGAGACGCAGCCGAAGUCGCGACGACCUGAUGGACCUGGAGAGGGACCGGAGACCGGGCGGCGGCCGUGACAGGAGAGACGACUACGACGACAGUUUCCUGAGAGAGGCCAUGGAGAGGAAGAGGCUGGGAGAGCAGCAGAGGGCCCGUAGCCGAGACCGACUGGAGAGCGAUGGCGAGCGCUCUGACCGGGGGAGGGCACCGGCGGCCCGUGGGCCACCCCCGCUGCCUUUGAAUCCGCCAGCAGGACCCGGCGGUCUACCGCCGCCCUACAGUGACGAUGAGAGCAUGACAUCAUCUAAGAAAAGCAACAUGCGCAAAAAUGGAGCUGUGAGCCGUGAGAGCCUCGUGGUGUGAUGUGACCAAAAGAAAACAAACCCUCACACUAGUAACAACCCCCCAAAAAACAAGUAAAUAUCAAGAUUGUACAGUUUUUAUUUCACUAAUUUUCUAAGCUGAAUUUCUUUUGAACUAUCGUACUUGCAUAUCUUGUUGAAAAUUGAAUAUAUUUGCGUGUGAGAGGCAAAUGUUUUUGUGAUUUUACAGUAUGUAUGAAAAAUUGUGGCUGCCACAAGUGCCUUCAACUGUACAGACGUGUCGAUUUUUAGUUUUACUUGCAUGUUAGUUUUAUUUAGCAUCAUAGAGGGAUUUUAUGAACUACAACUUAGAACACUUUUUUAUGUACUUUGCUACUUUUUAAAUACAUUUUACCAUCUUUAACGAAUGUGUUGUACAGUUGACCGUUUUCGUGACAUGUUGCAAAAUGUAUUUUAUGUCUCUGUCCUGCUGGACCAUUUACAUGUAAUAGAGUUUUUAACCGUUAGAGGCCGCCAUACUGUGCGCUAAACUUGGCUUCAUUUGUUUUAGUUCUCAUAAAUAAAAGCAAAAUGUGUAAAUAUGUACAUUUCACUUUAGGUAUUUGACAUUUGUUAAGAAUGUCUAUAUAACUUUAAAUACUUUUUUUGUCAAUUUGAACUCCUUUAGGACAGAAUAUAUGGAGGACCAGGAGUGCAAAAGUUAAAUACAAAAUUAAAUAAAUGAUUAAAUGUGUUAAAAUACUUCAAUUUCAAUAUUUAUUUCAGUUUGUAUUUAUAUAUUUCACCAUUUAUUUCAAUUUAUAUUU